AUGCCUUGGUCAAAGGAAUUGGUCGAUGUGAGAUAUCUUAACCUUCUCAACUUAGCCUCUCAGCUCAAAGCUGGGAAGGGGCUCACCGUUGCUACUUCUUUCUUGAGAGGAAGCCUCAACAGUCCAGACGACAGAAAACGUGCGGAGCAGAUCAAGUCACGUAUGGACUUCGACAUGAAUCAAGUCCGGCUGCGCGGUUUUGCAAAAGUGCUUGUUCACGAAGAAAGCCAGAUUGCUGGUUCGAUGUCAACACUCAUUCAAUCAGUGGGAUUGGGUGGUCUUAAACCUAAUACUGUGCUCGUCUCUUGGCCAGUACAUGAACGUGGAUCAUCGGAAAGCAGCGAUUCUGAAUAUAACACUUUCGCAGAUAAGCUACAUGCUGCCUGCGCUAUGGACAUGUGUCUCUUGGUAGCCAAAGGAAUCAUCGACUUUCCUUCAAGUGUUUUCAAAUUGACUGGUUUCGUUGACGUGUACUGGAUUGUUCAAGAUGGAGGGCUUUGUCUACUUAUUGCAUACCUUCUUAAGCAACAUAAGAUUCGUCGUGAAACUCGUGAUCCGGAAGAUAUCGAAAAAGCGGUUGCGAUGCGCACGCUCUUAUGGUCAGGAAAGUUACACAUGAGUCUCAAGAAAUGCAAGAUAUCAGGGUGGAUGGAGCAAUGA